AUGGUAGACCAGAGUGCAAUAGUCGUUCAUGUCUGCGCAGACUGGACUAGCGAGCUGAUAACAAUGUACAAGAGCAUUGAAGCAUCAUACUUGCCCACGCGACCACUCCCGAAAGGCACCAAAGCAUUCUUCUUUCCACGAGAUCAGCUACCGGGCAUGGACGCCAUCAUUGCUCCUUACAGUAUACCGGGCGGAGACCGUGCCGAAACAAACUGGCCAUUCAGUCCCGACGCCAUGCUUCCUCGACACCACCUGACCGUCAAGAUUGUUUUCAAGAAGGAUUGGGGCCUCAAUGAACGAGCGUAUCGUCGAGUGAAAGGCCGGGGAGACUGCGUGCGACCUUUCAAAGUUGGCGAUACUGCCAUGACUGAGUUGUUCUACACCCCAGGCAAUCUUCCCCUGACGUUCAAGGUCGUCCGCGUCGGAGUCGACGGCCACUGGCCGGGGACACACUGCAGCGCGGUCUAG